CUUUCUGUCUCUUGUACUUCUUUGUUGUUUUGCCUUAGUAACUUGUGGUGGCUCUAUAAGACAAGCUUUCCAUUUCUAAUCAAACGAUAAGAUUGUUCUUCUUUUUGUGCUUGUUGGGAAGGGGUUUCGUUUGCUUCACUAUUUGGCUUUAUUUUCCCUGCGUGACAAUCUAUGUUAUUUAUCAUCUUCAUGUUGAAAUUUGAGUCCUUGGUGUCAUCUAACCGUGAACAACUAAAAACAUGUUCGACUGUGCAUAGCUUGAGAUUUCAUUUGUUUUGGUGAGUAUUUUAAUGGUUCUGUUGGUUUUUGAAGGGUAUUUGUUUGUACAAGAUUCUGAGAAUCUUGCAAUUUAGAUGACAAUGAAUCCACAUCUUACGGGGUUUUCUGGUUCAACAAAUCAAUCUUUUCCAAUUCUUCAAAAUCAGAGAUUUGAUAAUGGACCCAGAUUUGAAAAUCUCUUCUUUGAUCAAAGUAGGAAUUUUGAUCUACAAUGUGAUCCAAAUUUAAUACCAGCUAACACACCCUCAUCCUCCACUGUGACCCAUGAGGAGCAUUCUCCCGAGGACUGUGAUUUUUCUGAUGCAGUUUUGAGUUACAUCAGCCAGAUCCUCAUGGAGGAAGACUUAGAGGACAAUACAUGCAUGGUUCAAGAUUCUUUAGAUAUUCAAGCAGCGGAGAAAUCAUUCUAUGAGGUUCUUGGUGAAAAGUACCCACCUUCUCCAAGAAACACAAGCCUUAUGAAUGAUGGGGUUGGAGGUUAUGACUUCUCUGGAGAUUAUGGCAAUUGUCCUGAUACUAAUGGAGAUCUCAUGAGCAUUUUUACUAACCAGUUUUUGCCACCAAACUCAGGUAGUUUUCCUGCUCAUAGUCUUCAUGGUGAUGGCAUUUCACAUUCUUCUUACAACCCUUCGAAUAGUGUGGAAGGGCUUGUAAAUUCUUCAAAAAGUAUAAUUCAGGUUCCUGAUCUGAACAGUGAAAGUGAAUCCAUUUGGCAAUUUCAGAAAGGUGUUGAGGAGGCUAGUAAGUUUCUUCCUAGUGCAAAUGGGCUGUUUGCUAAUUUGUCAGAACCAGAGCCAAAGGAAGGAAAGGAUGAAUUAUCAUUUAAAGUGGAGAAGGAGGAGGGGGAAUAUGUUAAUGGUGGAUCCAAGGGAAGGAAACAUCCUCAGAUAGAUGAAGCAGAUGAUGAGGAAAACAGAAGCAGCAAGCAAGCAGCAAUUUAUUCUGAACCAACAUUGCGGUCAGAUAUGGCUGAUAUAAUCCUUCUUCACAGCACCGGGGAUGGUAAGGACCACUUUGUGGCUCGCCGUGAGGCUUUGCAGAAUAAAACACAGAAGUCAGUGUUGCCAAAAGGUCAAUCAAAAGCAUCGAGCAGUGGGAAGGGGCGCGGUAAGAAGCAAGGUGGGAGGAAGGAGGUUGUCGAUUUGAGAACACUUCUGUUUCUAUGUGCACAAGCUGUUGCAGCAGAUGACCAUAGAAAUGCCAAUGAAUUGCUAAAGCACAUCAGGCAACACUCAACCCCUUUUGGAGAUGGAAAUCAGAGAUUGGCUCAUAUCUUUGCAGAUGGCCUUGAGGCACGUUUGGCUGGUACUGGCAGCCAAAUUUACAAAGGACUUGUUGGCAAAAGAACAUCAGCUGCUAAUUAUCUAAAAGCUUAUCAUCUAUACCUUGCUGCAUGCCCCUUUAGGAAAAUUUCUAAGUUUACCUCAAACAUCACAAUAAGGGAAUCUUCAGCACAGUCAAUGAAGGUCCAUGUUAUAGAUUUUGGCAUCUUUUAUGGUUUCCAAUGGCCAACUUUUAUACAGCGGCUUUCAUGGAGAGCAGGAGGACCACCAAAGCUACGGAUAACAGGAAUAGACUUCCCACAACCUGGUUUCAGGCCAGCAGAAAGAAUUCUAGAAACGGGACGCCGCUUGGCAGCGUAUGCUGAAGCCUUUAAUGUUCCAUUUGAGUACAAAGCCAUAGCAAAAAAAUGGGACACGAUUCAACUUGAGGAACUUGAGAUUGACAGGGAUGAGUUCCUUGUUGUUACUUGUUUCUAUAGAGGUAAGAACCUUCUGGAUGAAUCUGUGGUAGUGGACAGUCCAAGAAAUAAUUUCCUUACCCUGAUUAGGAGAAUCAACCCAAAGUUAUUCAUUCAUGGCAUCAUGAAUGGGGCAUUCGAUGCCCCUUUCUUUGUUACCAGAUUCCGGGAGGCAUUGUUUCACUACUCAUCUUUGUUUGAUAUGCUUGAGACUAUUGUGCCUCGUGAGGACUGGGAGAGGAUGCUGAUAGAGAAAGAGAUAUUCGGGCGGGAAGCAUUGAAUGUCAUAGCUUGUGAAGGGCCUGAAAGAGUGGAGAGGCCAGAGAGCUACAAGCAGUGGCAAGCACGCAUUCUGCGGGCAGGAUUUGUGCAGCAAUCUUUCGAUCGCAGGACAGUGAAGAUGGCAAUGGAGAAAGUGAGGGGUAGCUACCACAAGGAUUUUGUGAUUGAUGAAGAUAGCCAGUGGUUGUUGCAAGGUUGGAAGGGGCGUAUCAUUUAUGCCCUUUCUUGUUGGAGACCUGCAUGACUAGUACUAAACAGGGUAUCUCACUCGGGGUUCGUGGAUUAGUAUGUCUGCUUAGGACUUCAGGGAACCCUCAAUACGUAUGGUUAAUGAUCUUUAUGCAAAGGUUCAAGCUAAAGAGGUCAGUUGUCAUGUGAUAAGACCUAUCCUUUGAUUGUUAUUGCUUCUUGUGGAAUCUAUUUUGCUGUCUUUUUUUUCUGGUUUACCUUUCAUUUUGUUGUUGCUAUUUUACACCCCUUUGUAUCCGUUGAAAAUAUCAAAUCACCUAUCAGAGAGAGAGAAUAAAGUUGAGUGCACUGAAGAUUGCCAGCUGGUGGGAUUACCAGGUAAGAAGAAGAUCAUCUAAGGAAUCUUGGAUAUAUAUAGGAGUUGACUCACCCUGCAACUCUGAUUGGUCGAGCUGAGCAUCUAGAUUGUCUCUCUAAUUGGGUUUUUCAUGGCAUUCACUUAGUCAAUAAAUAAGAACAGUGAGAUAAAAAUCAAAUGGCUCUAAUUUUGAAUGUGUUUCAAGUCUUA